CUCAGCAGGUCAUAUCUCACAGAAGUGUUGAGCGACCCAUGAAGAAGGAGCAUUUGCUCCCCCAAAUGACUUGAGUACAAACAGCUGCUGUCAAAGAAAAGAAACCCCUGCCAGUCACCGAGGCCCUGGGGCCAUGCCUGUGAAGAAUUCACAGAGCCAGAUCUGCAAAGACUCCACAGAGCUCCCAUCUCCAGACGACACGCCCUGUCACAUGGUCCAUCCCAGAAGAACCCGAGAACAGAGAACUAUACCAGAACUGAAACCAGAUGCACAAAAUGAGACACAGAGAGCACAGAGAGGUUACAGGCCUGAGCGGACACACAGCAAACAGAAAGUCUGCCUCUAGUUUAUGUCCCUAGCGGCUGCCUUACCCAAUAAGGUUGUGGGCAGGAGCUGGUGAUAUUCCAACCUCAUAAGAAGCGGCUGCCCUCCAGGAGGCUGGCACCAGUGGAUGGCAGAUCUGGGGCUACAGUGUGAGGAUAAUAACCCCCAGGGAAAGACGAGAUCUUGCACAAGGGACUCCCCAAGUCUGUUCUCUCCGGCUGGCUGAGGAAGGGAGCCAUGGGGCCUCUCCACCUGUUUCUCCUGCUGCUGAUCACAGAGUUGUCCCAAGCCCUCAACACAACGGUGCUGCAGGGUGUGGCUGGUCAGUCCCUGCGGGUGUCAUGUACUUACGACUCCUUGAAGCACUGGGGGAGACGCAAGGCUUGGUGUCGCCAGCUGGCUGAGGAGGGCCCAUGCGAGCGUGUGGUGAGCACACACAAUGUGUGGUUGUUGGCCUUCCUGAGGAAACGGAAUGGGAGCACGGUCAUCACAGAUGACACUCUGGCUGGAACCCUCACUGUCACUCUGCGAAACCUCCAAGCCAGUGAUGCGGGUCUCUACCAGUGUCAGAGUCUCCGAGGUCAAGAGGCCGAUGUUCUCCAGAAGGUCCUGGUGGAGGUGCUGGCAGAUCCUCUAGAUGACCAAGAUGCUGGAGAUCUCUGGGUCUCUGAGGAAUCAGAGAGUUUUGAGGGUGCUCAAGUGGAGCACAGCACCUCCAGGAGCCAAUCAGGAGAGACCUCCUUCCUACCCACUUCCAUUCUCCUCCUCCUCCUGGUCUGUGUCCUCUUCAGCAAGCUUCUUACAGCCAGCAUCCUCUGGGCUGUGGCCAGGGGCAGGCAGAAGCUGGGGUCACCUGUGGCCAGUGGGUUGGACUGUAGCCACGAAGUUGGGUACCAACUUGAGAUCUUGACUGGACCCAGAGAUGCGUGAGAGAACUCCAAGUUGGAGAAGCCCCCCUGAAGUCCACCCAUGAGUCAUCCAGUUUGGGUACUCUCCCCGCUGGCACCAAGACUUCUGCUUCUGCUAGUUUGGCUUCAGAGGCUAAUU